GCCCGCGCCCCCAUUCAUUCGGGCGGAGGAAGAGGGGCCGCGCGGCCCGCGCCGGAGGUGUAACGCGGCGGCGGGGAGCGCGGGGCUGCCGUGGCCCGCCUCGCCUCCCGCCUGAGCCCGCCGGCGCCGGGCUGCCCCUCGGUGGGGCGCGGGCCCAAACACAAAGAUGGAGUGUCAGAAAAUUAUGAAUUUUGGAAACCAGCUUCUUCGCCGGAAAAAUGUGGACUGCACUCGAGAAGACAGUCGGCUCUCGCGAUGCCUCAACACGUUUGACUUAGUGGCUCUGGGUGUAGGCAGCACUUUGGGUGCAGGUGUCUAUGUACUGGCUGGAGCCGUGGCACGGGAAAACGCGGGACCUGCCAUUGUUAUCUCCUUCUUGAUUGCUGCCUUGGCUUCAGUGCUGGCCGGACUCUGCUACGGAGAAUUCGGUGCUCGAGUUCCUAAGACGGGAUCAGCUUAUCUCUACAGCUACGUGACUGUGGGCGAGCUGUGGGCCUUCAUCACAGGAUGGAAUUUAAUCCUCUCCUAUGUUAUCGGAACCUCGAGCGUGGCCAGAGCCUGGAGCGCGACAUUUGAUGAAAUCAUAGGCCAGCACAUUGAAAAAUUUUGUAAAAAAUACAUGACGAUGGAUGUUCCCGGAGUGCUAGCAAAAUACCCAGACAUCUUCGCCGUGGUGAUAAUCAUCAUCCUAACAGGGCUUUUAAUUUUUGGCGUGAAGGAAUCUGCCUUGGUGAACAAAGUGUUCACCUGCAUCAACAUCCUCGUCCUUGGCUUCGUCAUGGUCUCCGGCUUCGUGAAAGGGUCUGUUAAAAACUGGCAGCUGAAUGAACAGGACCUUUACAACAUGAGCCACAGUGUUUACGGAGACAAUCAAACACAGGGAGAAAAGCUCUAUGGUGUUGGAGGGUUUAUGCCCUAUGGAUGGAAAGGAGUCCUCUCAGGGGCAGCCACGUGUUUUUAUGCUUUCGUGGGAUUUGACUGUAUCGCUACUACAGGUGAGGAGGUAAAAAACCCUCAGAAGGCUAUUCCUAUUGGCAUCGUGGCAUCUCUGCUUAUCUGCUUCGUGGCUUAUUUUGGCGUGUCAGCUGCCCUGACACUCAUGAUGCCUUACUACAAGCUGGAUACCAAUAGCCCUUUACCCAUUGCCUUUAAAUAUGUGGGUUGGGAUGGAGCCAAUUACGCAGUGGCUGUUGGUUCCUUGUGUGCGCUUUCUACAAGUCUCCUUGGCUCCAUGUUUCCGAUGCCUCGAAUAAUUUAUGCUAUGGCAGAAGAUGGACUUCUCUUUAAAUUUUUGGCUAAAGUCAAUGAGAAGAGAAAAACUCCAAUAAUUGCAACAGUGACAUCAGGGGCCAUUGCAGCUCUUAUGGCUUUUCUCUUCGACUUGAAAGAUCUUGUGGAUCUCAUGUCCAUCGGGACCCUCCUGGCUUACUCCUUGGUGGCAGCCUGCGUGUUGGUACUGAGGUACCAGCCAGAGCAGCCUAAUUUGGCAUACCAGAUGGCUAGGACAACCGAGGAGACGGAUAACAACGAGUCUGUGAGCACCAGUGAGUCACAGGCUGGAUUUCUGCCGGAGGAAGAGGAGAAAUGUUCCCUCAAAGCCAUACUGUGUCCCCCAAAUUCGGACCCUUCCAAAUUCUCUGGCUCGGUGGUGAAUGUCUCAGCCUUCAUCAUUGGUUUCCUUAUCGUGGGUAGCUGUAUCCUGACUGCCCUUGAGCCAAGCAUUCUGAUAAAGACUGUAUGGAUUAUUGCUGCCAUCCUUCUUGGUUUUGUCAGCUUCGUUAUAUGGAAACAGCCUGAAAGCAAAACCAAGCUGUCCUUUAAGGUACCUCUCUUGCCCCUUCUUCCUGUUGUGAGUAUUUUUGUGAAUGUUUACCUCAUGAUGCAGCUAGACCUAGGCACAUGGAUACGGUUUGCAGUCUGGAUGCUGAUAGGCUUUAUCAUCUACUUUACCUAUGGAAUAUGGCACAGCGUGGAAGCCACCUACACGGCCUCAGCAGAUGCAGAGAGAAACAUGGACGCCAGUUCAGACAGCUGUAAAUGAUUGCAUGUUUGGCUUAUGCGCAACUGGGGAAUGGCUGCAGUGAAGGAAGCUUUGUGGUGGGGAUCCUGAGCCAGGCUACAUCUGGUUAAUCAGUAAUGCAGGAAUAAGGAAGCAUAGUGCGGGACUCCCCAGCCCUGUUGCUGCAGCUUGCAGUUUGCUUAGUAGCAGAGUUAAAAGGGACCACAAGGUGAAAAGCCACACUUAUGGCAUACUCCCGGUGACACUGUCAGCUCAUCUGGGGCUAUGCGCUUCCCUUCCUCCCUCUCUUGUUUUUUUUCCCCCAGUGUGUAGAAAGAAAACUGCUUCUGUGUGCCAGUUAACCUUAAAUGCUGCUAUGAAACCAGGCCUCACAAAGGUCUUUCUUUCAGUAGCCCCAGGAAUUACCUCCCCGCAGAUACUCUACCUGAUUAUACAUGGAGCAGUUUUUGCAGUGCUUACUGUCAGGCUUAGACCAGAUCCGUCCUUCACCCGAUGCGAACUGUACCCCACAUGUACACACAAAAAAAGACUCUCACCAAACACCAGCUUUCACCUGGUUAAGAAAGCACCUGCAAGACUCACAUUCUUUAAAGUAUCAGAUCUCAUAGUUUUUGUUCCAUUUAACUUUUUUUUUAGCUACGUACUUAUAUGCUUUAAAGCGCACCGCUGCCGUGAAAUCUUGGGAGGGUUUGUGGUCGCUGCUUGUCGGGUGAAUGGUCAUUUGCCGCUGCGUAGGUAAUGCCAGCAGAUGUUUCUGCUGACUGUAUGCUCAGCAGAGGGAUUGCCAGGUUUAGCCAUAAAACUAUUUGGUGCAAGUGCUUGAAUGGCUUGAAAAGAGCAGGUGUCUCCAAAGAGCUGUCCUACCUCUUCGCCUUGGAAAUCACCAGGAGCGUGGCUGCAGCGGUGGGGUGGCUAGCAGAAGUGAGCCCAGAUCUGACAACAAGUGGGGCCCUAUUUUCCUCUCCCUCCAUCAGUUUUGUGUGCCGGACACAUGGCGUUAGCAAAGGAUUUGGCCAUGAGACUUUGGUUUGGUGUCAGCAGGUGGAGCGCGUUUCUGCCAUGGGAAGAGGGAGCACAGGAGGAUCCUCAGGGGCUUGAAGCUCAGCCGUGAGCAGUGCCUGGUGUCUGCCUGCUGCCUGGGGGGGCCGUGCGUGUGUGCAGGGGCUCCUUGGUCCCAGUAGAGCGUACAGCCCAAAAAACACCGCUAAGCUCUAGGGUCCAGCUGGCUGAGAGGAGCUUUCCCUUUGGGGCUGGAGAUCAUCUCCAGAGCCUGGCUGUUGUCAAAGGUGGGAAAUUUGGAGCUGAGACCAGGAUCUGUGUUUGUUUGGCAAUGCCUUGGUUUUGCUGUAAGAUGAAAUUUUUUUUUAAUUCUAAUAGCUUUCCCCAGCCAAAUCCCCAACCCUAAAAAAGGCUUGUUAAAGCAUCAGGAAGGUGGGCCAUGCCCAUGUAAUGCCACUGAUUUAAAUUCACGCUUCAGCUUGUACUGAAAAACAAAUCAUAGAAUCAUGGACUGGUUUGGCUCGGAAGGGACCUUUGAAGAUCAACUAGUCCGGCUUCCCUGCACAGGCAGGGACAUCUUCCACUAGACCAGGUUGCUCAAAGCCCCGUCCAACCUGACCUCAGACACUUCCAGGGAUGGAGCAUCCCAAAUAGAUAUUGCAGAAAUCCCCUCUCCCAACCCGAGUAGAUGCUUUCCUAGGUGUUCUCCAUACUGCUGCCUCUGAAUACCGGACAAUCUUUAAUCUCUUUGUCAGCACAGCUCUUGCUGACAAAGGAACGGGCUCUUGUCACCGUCGUUUAGUUGGAGAACUGAAGAACUGCAUGACUUGACCAGGGUCUCACCGGGCAUCUGGUGCAGCAGAAAGGGGAACUAGACCAUCUCCUGGAUUACAUGGCUGGACCGUGGACCAUCUCUCACAGGUUUCCAAGAGAGACUUUAUCACCUUUCUGCUCACUGAGGAGUUUUAAUCUUGGCUCCUUCUAGUACACUGGGAGGCUUUUCUUGCCAGGGUUGGAGUUGGAGGGAGUGAAGAUAAUCUGUUCAUUGCCUCCCAGGUGCGUUUCAGGGUGUGUUUGGAGUGCAGUGCCCCGCACAAAAUGCACUCAGGGUCUGCUCUCAUUGCUGGGUCUCGACUGUCUGCUAAGCAUAUACAGUCAUGUACAGGACUGUCUCCUCGUGCAUGUACAAAGUCCUACUCAAGCAGGGAGAGAAGAAUAUAGAAAUGAAAAGCCACUAGGUUGAGGACUAUUUUGUUUAAACACAGGCAAGGUUGACACACUCCACAGCCUCCCGAAUAGCACAUUGAAGGUGUGGUGGGAGGGGAAGAAGAUGAAAACUCAGAGGGGAACAAAGUUUCCCAUUGUACUAAAAAGGUAAGGAUGUUUUUCCCUACCUUGGGUACCAAUUUCUGAGCAAUUAAGACAUUCAGCAAUGACCAUUUGCAGGUGAAUUCGGACUGGAAGUGUGUUUCCAAAGAAAAUUAUUUAAAAAUAUACAGAUUUCUUGCUGUAUGUAAAUUUUUUUUUAUAAAUGUUAACUUAUUUUUGUUGUCUGCUUAGGGAUCUGUUUUGGUAUUUAUAUUCCAUAACUUAGUUUUGGCUUUAGUGGCAUGUAAUAGCAGCACAUAGAAGAAGGCAAAGUCCUGAUGUGGAUCAUUCUUCUUCAGUUGCCUUUUCUCUGAGAAAGUUCAUAGGAAAUUUUUUCUGUGUCACCAGAUUUGGUAUUUUAACGUGGCAUUACCCGUACCAGCCCCAGAGCCACCCCCUGCAAAUUUGCUAGUGGAGGUGAGGAUCCUUAGUCCCAUCUCCUCCUCCUCCAUCAUGACUUCUUCAACCCAUCAGUUCCCAGGUGGCGGGUGCUGCCGUCUCUCUUGCUCUUUGUUGCUACUCACCAGAUACAAGUAGGUGGAGGGAGCCUGCAGCCCUGCACAGUGAUGGGUAGGCAUAGGUAUCUCCCUGGAUCUCUGUCUACUUGCUUCUCCCGUGUCCAGCUGGACCUGGGGACCUCCUGGCCUCCUCUUCACAUCACUUGUCCCAGGGUGUGGACCAGUGAGGAGGUGAUGAGUUUGACCCAGCUGCGUACUCCUGCCCCAUCCCCUUCCUGGCUGCAUUCACCUCUUCCUUGUACAUUUUGUAAGCUGGAAGGAAAAUUUGACUGCCUCUUUCUAGGACAACGUCAAGGACUUUGCUGUAUGGGUGUUUUGGUUUUUUGGUUUGUUUUUUUUUUUUUUUGCCAUCUCUGCUGCCUCCCUGCUGAUGUCUGCGUGUAACAGAUCAAGCCAGGUAUCUUUGAAGACAUGCAACUGCUGCUAUAACCUUGCUGUUGUGGAUGAUAGGCUUUUCUUUGUAAAUAGUUCAGUCAUCAUUUUAUUACAAGAAUAUUUUGUACAGAUGCAGAGCAUUUUGCUGUAUGAAGAGGUGGAGAUGGAGAAGCGAUGCCUUUGCUCGGCACGAGAAUAGAUCAUUUUCUGCCAAAGCCAAGAGGCGUCGUAAAGAUGGCCUGCCUCAUCUUUGGCGCAGGCUCUGGUCCAAAGGACUGACCUUGUUUCAGUGUAUUUAUUUGCUCCCAGUCUGCUCACGUGAGGGGAGCCCUCCGGGGAAGCUGUUGGAAGGAUCUUACUGAUGGCCGGUGCAUGGCGGGCAGAGGUGGGCAGCACCGAGGUUGCAGCUUGCAGUUACAUAGCAAAUCCAGAUACGGAGCCAGCCAGCCAUUCUCAAUAAAAAAUUGCUUUUUUUCCCUCCCCAGAAAUGAGCUGAUUUGUGCAAAAAUGACUAGCUUUUGCUUAUUCACUUACUUGCUUACAACUUCUAUUCUUUGCUCACUGAAAAUCAUUACCGGCUGGGUUCCACCUUCGUUUUGCCCUUUUCCCAUCCCUCGGGGUGGAGUUUGCCGGCAGUUCGGACAGCGAGCACCCGUGCUGGGCGUCAGGCAGCGCUGCAGCGUGAGGGGGUGCUGGGCUGCCCCCUCUGCCCACCAGCCCCCUCUGGGCAUCGUGGGGGCCGGGGCGUGCUGCAGGCAAAAUGCUGCUGGUUUGGAGCCGUUCAGAGCUGUCUGUGCUUGGUCACGGCAGGGGAGAGGGGACUGCUGGGGACCACGCAGGUGAAAACACUGCCGAUGCUGACACCGUGUGUUGCUGUUCAUUGCCAGCGUUUUGGAAGGGUAAAGUUUUAGCUGGCGGUGCUUGCCGUGGGCAUUCUCACCCUUCGUCCAUCCCAGAUGAAAACAAACUCUAUUCAUAGCGUACAGAGGGUGCCUGUCUGCCCGCUGCCUCCAUUCCGACUAACUCAAGAGACCAGAAAGCAAUGUGAUAGGAUAUUAUGUUUAGAUUUUGUAAAAUCCGCUUCUUUCCUGAUUGCAUUUUAUAUACUAAUGAAUUCCAGUGGGAUUUUGUAAAUUCCACACACGCCCCCUGAAAGCCACGUACAAGUGAGCAUUGCUGUCAUCUGUCCAAAUGAACGAAGGGUGACAUGCAGCUCUGGCAGGCUGGAGGGGCUUGCUUUGAAGGGGAGGAGGAGGAGGAGUGGUGCUGGUUUUCAUGCAGAAGGCUCCCCUGCACUCGCUCCCUGCAUGUGUGCCGCUCAGCACCCUCCCCUUGCAAAGGAAGCCUCUUCCCUCCGGCAGAGAAAGCAUUUCUCUUUCCAAAGCCUUGCGACAUCCACUGGGCCUGACUUCAUGGGGAGGUUCUGUUUCUUCCUUCCCCUUAACAAAAAAUUGCACUUAUUCAAGGCUAAAUCUAUAUGUACAGAGUGAACCGACGCCCGCUCCUCACUGCCACUUCCCCUUUCCGCGGGGCCGACGCGUGCCUGCAUCCCAAAAGCGAGCUGAAGCCACCCAUAGCUGCGUCGCCGGUGCCAUCGGUUGCUCUGCCUGCUGCCGCUCGCCUCGUGGUUUAUCAUUAUUUCCCACUCCAGCAGCGACGCCUCCCCCAUAGCCCCCCCCCGGCUGCCUUACGCUCUACGUUACGGUUGCAAGUCGGGUCCCGUGGGGUAUCUGACACCCAGCUGGAAACCAGAUGAUCCAGGAACAUUUCUGCUAGCAAGAGCCAGACCUCAAUUUUUCUCAGGGUAUUUGCUCCUGGCUCGCUCCAAGACGCGAGACCUCUCCCUCGCGAUGCCCCACGGGGCGAUGGUUUCGGCGGAGUGACGCGUGUUUUUGGGAUGGCAGUGGGAAGCAAAGGGUUCCCUCGCAGCACGUUGUGCCUUCCAGCUGCGCUGGGUGCAAGGAGCAGGAGGAGCUGCUGGCAGCCCGGGGGCGGUGCGCCAGCAAACCUAGUGCGAGUUUGAGUCAUGUCAGUAAAGGGAUUUUUACUGACCGAAGCCAUGGAAUAGUCUGUAUAUUUUUAUUUUUUAAUUAUUAAGCAGAGUGUAAAUACCUUCCUGUUACCUGUUUGAUGGUCUAUUUUCCUAAUGAUUUCUCAGAAUUUAUCAUGGAUGUGAUAAAUAGUUUUAAUGCUUGUUCUGCAAACAGAUCUAUUUUUUAUCUUUUUUAUCUUUAUUUUGGUUUGAUUUUUGUUUUUUACCAUGUUCAUGUAGCGAUUAAAGCCUUAAGUUUUAAAAUGUGAACACUGCCCCCAGAGCACAGCGCAGGUAUGCGACUACUUUUUAUCCUGGCGACACUGUAAACACUUCUGCCCUGAAUGAUGCUUUUGGAAUUUGGAAAUUCACUUGUAAUUAUGUGGUACAGCACUAAAACAUUUUUCUCGAUAUCCAAAUAAAUGAUGCCUAUUGUUUGCCCUC